CCCUCUUGUUUCGUCUGGUCCAUUGUGAGAAGUGUCGCCUACAAUUUGGAAGUGUUCCCCCUCCACCUCCAGUGGUUAGCUUUCCUGUCGUGCUAGCAAGAGAGGUCGUCGCUGUUUGGCAGAUCACGUGGUCCCUAAAGUUUUGUGAGAGGCUGCACCGGUAUAGAUCGUCUAUCCAGAACGUGCGGACGAGUUGUCAACUUGAAGCGGCGUGUGGACCAAAACCAAAACCUGGGGAGGACAGUUCCCAGGGGGUAACAUGUCCGGCGGGAACAAAGCCAUCGAGUUACAGCUGCAGAUGCGGCAAAACGCGGAGGACCUGCACAGCUUCAUGAAGGAGCUGGGGAGCUGGGAGACGGACAUGAAGAGAAGGGAUGAAGAGCUGAGGACAGGAGGACCGCAGGAGACCCAGAGGAAACUCCCACCUGUGCGCAACAAAGACUACAAAUCAAAGAUGAGGGGGAAAAAGGAAAAGAAGAAGAUGAUGCAGCCCGCUUGCAACGGUGACACGAAAGCAGAGGAGCACAAACAAGACUCAAAGAUAAAAGCCUACGACUACCGAUCGUGGGACAAGUUUGACGUGGACAAGGCUCUGGCAGAGAUGGAUAAAGAAGAAAGUCCGGCAGAGUCCAAUGAGUCGGAUACAGAGGAAGCUGCAGCUGACCGGGAGAAAGGUUUAGGAGAGAAGGAAAAGGGUAAUAAGCUUUUCAAAGAUGGGAAGUAUGACGACGCCAUCGAAUGUUACACCAGAGGGAUGAGCGCGGAUCCUCGCAACCCCGUGCUUCCCACGAACCGAGCCACCGCAUUCUUCCGACUCAAAAAGUACGCCGUGGUGGAGUCCGACUGCAACUUGGCGAUCGCGUUGGACAGCAACUACUUCAAAGCGUAUGCACGAAGAGGAGCAGCACGGUUUGCACUGAACAAUUAUGAAUCUGCAUUAGAAGAUUAUCAGAUGGUUCUCAAGCUCGACCCUGGGAACAUGGAGGCACUGAACGAAGUGAAGAAAAUCAAAGAGGCUCUCGGGAACGAGGCGCCGACCAUCCAAAGUGAAGCCACGCAGCCGCACGAGGCUCCCGCCGUUGAUCCCGAGCAGCAGAGACUGGUGGAGGAACAGCGGAGGAGGCAGGAGGCCGUUCUACACAAAGACAGAGGGAACGCAUAUUUCAAAGAGGGGAAGUACGAAGCAGCCGUGGAGUGCUAUAGCCAAGGCAUGGAGGCGGACGGCAUGAAUGUCCUCCUUCCCGCCAACAGAGCCAUGGCCUUCCUCAAGCUGGAGAAGUUUAAGGAGGCGGAGGACGACUGCACUAAAGCCACUUAUCUGGACAGUACUUACUCCAAGGCUUUUGCCCGCCGGGGCACAGCCAGGGUGGCUUUAAGGAAACUGGAAGAGGCCAAACAAGACUUUCAGGAGGUGCUGAAGCUGGAGCCGGGGAACAAACAGGCCUUGAAUGAACUCCAGAAACUCCACGUUGUAGGUUUCAAGAACCAGAUGGACGUCUGUCCCAGCGGCCUCCUCCAAACGGAGGACGGCUCACAGAGGAGAACCGUCCGGCCAAUUGACAAACCAACACAUCUGCGCUCAACUAAACCUCUGAGGAGGAUCGACAUCGAGGAAGUCAGCGGAAAAGCAAUGGUGCCGGAGGAGGAGUCAGCGGGCACCACACCCUUUGUCCAGGAAGUGACAAGGGAGCCCGAGGACCAGUCGUCCCCGCUGUCGACGUCACCUAGUGCCAAAAUGAUAAAAAUCGAGGAGAUAGCCGAUGCCCCCACGCUCCCGACUGAGCCCAGACAGACGGAGCGACCAGAGCAGGAGGAAAUAGCUCGUCAUCCUGAAACGUCAACCACCACCGCCGCCGCCUCGACGGUAACAGACCCGCCUCCUCCGCCCACCAGCAGCUUCCAGCUGGAGGCCGACCUCCGCAAGAUCGGAAAGCAGCCUGAAAUGAUUUACAAGUAUCUGUGGCAAAUCAAACCUGAGUCAUACAAACAGAUUUUCCAAAACUCCCUUGAACCUGAGAUCUUCAAUCAGAUCCUGAAGACGCUGCAAGAGUUCUACAUCAAGAAUGAAGCACCGGCAGUUACGCUGGAGAUCCUCAGCAGUCUAGCAAGCGUGCGGCGCUUCGACAUGGCUGUCAUGUUCCUGUCGUCCCCGGAGAAGCAGAUGCUCAAAGGACUGUUUGACUUUCUUCACCAAGCGGAGCUGGAAGAAUCAUCUGUCGCCGCCUUACAGAAGAAAUACGGCGUGUGACCCUCCAAUCUUAGGCAACGGUGUUAAAGGGGCAGCAAGCGAUUCUAAAGCAACACACGCUUUGUAAAAUUCAGCGAAUGUCUCCUCGCGGUAUGUUAGCUGUCGCUUCUGUGUGCUACCAGAAAAAAAAAAAUCUGGGGUUUCUUGUCACAUACAGUAUUGUACUAAUACUCUGUAUAAUAAUGCUGUAUGAGCUUUUUCAUGUGAUAAACAUGUCAGUGUAUCAGCGUGGAGCCAUGUAACUACAUCUUUUAAAGGAUUGUCCCCCCAACUAGGAGGCUUGUCCUAUCAAGAGAGGUGUGAACACAGUGUUAAAGUAUGGAUCGGUCUCUGUGAGUACUCAACCCCGUGUGAAUGUUUCUCUCAUUAUUAAACUUGCUAAAAAAAUAAAACCAUGACAUGCACUGGCUAAACCUGCUUCAACUAUAGAAAACUGUUCUGCAAAAGGUGUAUUUUAUAAUUUGUAUGUUGGCUGUUUUCUCAGUCCGUAACUACAAAAAUAAAAUUGUUCGAACUUAACAUUACCAAUCUCA